GACUCUCAAGCUCCCUUCUCUCUCUCCUCUACCUAUUCUUUGUCGUGCUAAAUCAACGAGCGGCACCGCCCACCGGCCGUACAUGAAAUGAAACCGACGCUUGAACCUGGAAAGGCUCCAAUCGGCUUCCAAUCGAACCCUCUUUCCCACACCACACCUAGUAACGCCACAAAACAAUCCAAGAAAAAACUACCAUAUUUGCCAUUUUGGAUUCUACAGUGAAAAGAUUCAAUCUUUUCAUCCACCCGUUCUCGUCCAUCCAUCCUCACCCCAACAAACUUCUCUUAUAAAGCUCCUGUGAUUGAGCUUUUCUUGGUUUGCUGUUUGUCGGUGUGAAAAAUGUACUACAGUCUAAGAGCACAAGGGUUGUACUUUUCCUGUUGAUUUUCUUGGUGGGCCUCUUGAAAAAUGUCGCAGAAGCGGCAAGAGCCGGAGGAGGGCACAUCUUGGCAUCCCAGGAAUGCAAAAUCUUUUAAAAGUGUGGUGAGGGAGGUUAAGAACCUCUGCAAAUUACAACAUCUAAUGGAACCAGUUCUUGAGCCUCUCAUUCGUCGAGUUGUAUGGAGUUCUGCUGAAUUUCAUUGCUUAGAUGUUACUGGACCAAUCUAUGAUUGUCAUAAAUUUACUAGUUUACUUUUAAUGAGAUCACAGGUGAAAGAGGAAGUGGAGUCCGCGUUGAGAAAAUACAUAAUUAAUACGAAAAGGAAUUAUGGGAAAGACACACAUCCCUCUGAACCGAGGAAUUUGUGUUUACAGUUCUCUAAUGGCAUAUCUCUUCCUGUGUUUACUGGAACUCGUAUUGAAGGAGAAGGGUCUACCAGAAUGGAAGUUGCUUUAGUCGAUAUCCUUACUGGGGAAGUUGUUUUUAGUGGUCAUGGAUCAUCUGAGAAGGUAGAGAUUGUAGUUCUUGAAGGAGAUUUUGAUGGAGACGAGAGGGGAAAUUGGACAGCUGUAGAAUUCCAAAAUAAUACAGUGCGAGAGCGGGAUGGAAAGAAGCCUCUCCUAACUGGGGAUCUUAUCAUGACCCUGCAAGAUGGCAAGGGUUUGGUUGGUAACAUUAUGUUUACAGAUAAUUCAAGCUGGACAAGAAGCCGGAAGUUUAGGCUGGGUGCUAAACUCUUGGACAGCAUCAGUGGCGUCAGAGUAAGAGAGGCUAGAUCAGAACCCUUUGUUGUUAGAGAUCAUCGUGGAGAACUGUACAAGAAGCACCACCCUCCAUCACUUUCUGAUGAAGUAUGGCGGCUGGAAAAGAUUGGUAAAGGUGGAGCUUUUCACAAACGUUUGAGGAAGGAAAAAGUCACUACAGUAGAGGAUUUUCUGGUGUCAUUCUUCCUAGACCCUACAAGACUUCGAAAUAUCCUUGGGACCGGUAUGUCUGCCAAAAUGUGGGAAGUAGUUGUGGAGCAUGCUCGAACAUGUGUUAUUGACCAGAAAUUACAAUUCUAUGGCACCUCUCAAGAUAAUGGUGUUGUUUUCGACAUGGUUGGGCAACUGAUGGGGAUCAUCUCGAAUGGCCAGUAUCUUUGUGCUGAUAAGCUGUCCAAAGCAGAAAAGGCGGAGGCCCACGAGUCAGUCAUCUCUGCUUUUGCAGAUCGUGACAAAAUUGUCAGCUUUGAUGAGGGCUCAUCUCCGAAUUUCCCAACCCUAUCAAGCUUAUCUGUUGCUCGAUCUUCUUCAAACUUGCCCUCUGAGACCAGUUUCAAUGAUGGCGAGCCUUACUUGCAACACAAUGCUACUUCUCCAACCUACAUGGAGUCGGUAUAUUCUUUGGAAGGCUUGGGCACCUUUGAAGAUUGCCUGCACCAAGUUGAAGACAACCUAAUCUGCAAUGCUGACACCUUGAAUAGAGCAUUGUGUGCAGAUGAACUACAAUACUUUGAGACGGAUCAGGCAAUCCACAGUCCUCUUCUGGAAUUAUCUGAAGAUAUACAGGGCGACAUCAGUGCUUAUAUGCCAUAUUCUGGUGUUCCCACCGGUAAAUCUGAGAGGGGGUGGAACAUUCUAGUCUUUGUAUUAAGAUGGUGGUUCUCCAUAAGAAGAAUCGUGGCUAGAAAAACCCGUACUUGAGAAAGUCAGGGUAAUACGGUUACGAUUGAAGACGAUUGUUGGAGAUCCUCUGCAGCUACAUGUGAAGAGAAUUUAUGAGUUCUUAUAUAUACAUGCAUAUACAGAUUUAGCUGAUUGUUUUGUGAAAAAAUAUACAAUAAGCAAGGCUGUAAGUGCAAACAGUGGAAGCAUCAGUGUGAAAUUGUAUAUGGUAGUGUUUUAGGGGUGGUCUAGUUUUCCAUUCAAGGACUACCUUUUCUGUACAUAUUCAAUAUGUGAAUAAUAAAUAGACCCUUACUUCCAUGUAAA